AUGGGACACAAGCAACCUGCACUAGCAAUUAGUUUUCACCUCCGCACAGACAGAAGCUCACGAAUCUCUCGCGAACAGGUCAACAUUCCCAAAACCCGCCGGACCUACUGCAAGGGCAAGGAGUGCCACAAGCACACCCAGCACAAGGUCACCCAGUACAAGGCUGGCAAGGCCUCCCUGUACGCCCAGGGUAAGCGUCGUUACGACCGGAAGCAGAGUGGUUACGGUGGUCAGACCAAGCCCGUCUUCCACAAGAAGGCCAAGACCACCAAGAAGGUUGUCCUCCGUCUCGAGUGCACUGCCUGCAAGGCCAAGAAGCAGCUCGCUCUGAAGCGCUGCAAGCACUUCGAGCUUGGUGGUGACAAGAAGACCAAGGGUGCCGCUCUUGUCUUCUAA